AUGCAACUCUCCGGCGCCCUAGACACGACAACGUGUACCACUUACGAUGGCGCCUUUUUCGGCAUCUCUGCCGAAAUGAUCAAGUGGGCGAAGGAUCGCAAGGAUCCUCCGAUGUCGUGUCUGUCAGACACCAACAAGUCAAGAUGAGCCUGGAUUAUGGUCUGGGUUUCAAGGCGCGGAUGGAGGCGGGUCUGGUCUGGUCUGCCCUGGUCUGGUCUGGUCUGCCCUGGUCUGGUCUGGUCUUCGACGGUUGCCUGCCGCGCACGCAAUGGCAGGACGCGCACUAUUCCUAUGUGCUCCUUAUCAAGGAGGCGGUCGACCCAAUGACGGCCUCGAUCAAUAUCGUCGGAUGCGCACAGUCGCCUUCGGAGAUGUUUGACCGCCACUUCGAGUCCGUUGCGAUCCGGACCUGUAACUCGAACUGGUACAUCAUGCGGAAAUACGACUUGACGGUUCGUUCUUUGUGGUGGUCGGGAUUAAGGUCUCAAAGAUAGAGGAAUUCGGACCCUUCGACCAGUCGAUCAUGGCUCAGCACCUGCAGCGGUAGUCGUAACUUCGGUGGUUCCGCUCAGCGCUGCGGCUGCCGCGCCUGCCACUGCCGCGUCUCCGCGUUCGAGACGGCCGGCUUUCGAGGCCCGCCAGCCCGUCCGGGAUCCCCGUUUCGUGCCAGUGCGAACACCUCACUUCGCAGGGUUUCAAGGGACUUCAGGGCCGUCGACGGCACGGGCUCCCCCGGUUACCAGAUGUGCGCAGGUUGCGGAAGCGACGAGCACAACGUUUCCGCGUGCCGGUUUUUCAACCAAACCUUGUUGCUCUCCAAGGUGGUGGGCUCGUCGACAAGUUUGACGCUACCAAGCAACUCUGCACCAACUAUAACGUCAGGGGUUGCGUCCAAUCCUGCGUUCGUGAACACGCGUGUUCUUUCUGUAAAGGCCAGCACGAGGCUUAUACCCACGUCGGGUCCGCAUGA